CGGGGCGGCGCGGCGGCGGGGCGGGGCGGGCCCCUCCUCGGCGGCCGCACGAAGGCGGGCGGCGGGCGGGCGCGGGGCAUGGUGGCGGCGCGGGCGCGCAGCGGUGGCAUGCGGCGUGGAGACAUGCGGCUCUGCCUGCGCGCUGCCCCGCCGACAUGGACCGCCGUCGCCUGCUGCUGCUGCUCCUCCUCGGCGCUGCCCUCCGCGCCGCCGGGCGCCUGACUGCCCGGCCCGGCAACGAAGUUAAUCUGCUGGAUUCAAAAGCAAUUCAAGGGGAGCUGGGCUGGAUCUCCUACCCAUCACAUGGGUGGGAAGAGAUUAGUGGUGUUGAUGAGCAUUAUACUCCAAUCAGAACUUACCAGGUGUGCAAUGUUAUGGACCACAGUCAAAACAAUUGGCUGAGAACAAACUGGAUUCCACGCAAUUCAGCUCAGAAGAUAUAUGUGGAGCUCAAGUUUACCCUGAGGGACUGUAAUAGUAUUCCUCUAGUUUUGGGCACUUGCAAAGAGACCUUCAAUCUGUAUUACAUGGAAUCUGAUGAUGAUCAUUUGGUAAAGUUCAGAGAGCAUCAGUUUACAAAAAUUGACACCAUUGCGGCUGACGAGAGUUUCACCCAAAUGGAUCUUGGGGACCGGAUUCUCAAGCUGAAUACAGAAGUCCGUGAGGUGGGGCCUGUCAGCAGGAAAGGCUUUUACUUGGCUUUCCAAGAUGUAGGUGCAUGCGUUGCCUUAGUCUCAGUGCGAGUGUACUUCAAAAAGUGCCCUUUCACUGUAAAGAACCUUGCCAUGUUUCCCGAUACGGUACCCAUGGACUCCCAGUCACUAGUGGAAGUGCGAGGUUCUUGUGUCAAUCAUUCCAAGGAGGAAGAGCCACCCAAGAUGUAUUGCAGUACAGAAGGAGAAUGGCUAGUGCCCAUAGGGAAGUGCUUGUGUAAUGCUGGCUAUGAAGAAAGAGGCUUUGCGUGCCAAGUUUGUCGACCUGGCUUCUACAAAGCCUUUCCUGGCAACGUGAAAUGUGCCAAAUGCCCACCCCACAGUUCUACCUAUGAAGAUGGGUCUCUGAACUGCAGGUGUGAAAAGAAUUUCUUUCGCUCUGAGAAAGACCCUCCAUCCAUGGCUUGCACCAGACCACCAUCUGCUCCGAGAAAUGUUAUCUCUAACAUCAACGAGACAUCUGUUAUCCUGGACUGGAGCUGGCCCCUUGACACAGGAGGUCGGAAAGAUGUCACUUUCAACAUCAUUUGCAAAAAAUGUGGAGGAAACACCAAGAUGUGUGAGCCAUGUAGUGACAAUGUGCGAUUCUUACCCCGUCAGAUUGGACUCACCAACACCACAGUGACAGUAGUGGACCUUUUGGCACAUACCAAUUAUACUUUUGAGAUUGAUGCAGUCAACGGGGUAUCUGACUUGAGUACGCUUUCCAGGCAGUUUGCUGCUGUCAGCAUCACAACUAAUCAGGCUGCUCCAUCCCCCAUCACAAUAAUUAGGAAAGACCGGACAUCCAGGAACAGCGUGUCUCUGUCUUGGCAAGAGCCUGAACAUCCAAAUGGGAUCAUCUUGGACUACGAGGUCAAAUACUAUGAAAAGGAACAAGAGACAAGCUAUACUAUUUUAAGAGCAAAAAGCACCAAUGUUACUAUCAAUGGCCUCAAGCCUGAUACCACCUACGUGUUCCAAAUUCGAGCCCGAACUGCAGCUGGAUAUGGGACAAACAGCCGCAAGUUUGAAUUUGAAACCAGUCCAGAUUCAUUCUCCAUUUCCAGUGAGAAUAGCCAGGUCGUAAUGAUUGCCAUUUCAGCUGCGGUAGCCAUUAUUCUCCUCACAGUUGUGGUGUAUGUCGUGAUUGGGAGAUUCUGUGGACACAAGAAGUCCAAGCAUGGUACUGAUGAGAAAAGACUACAUUUUGGAAAUGGCCAUUUAAAACUCCCAGGCCUGAGGACAUAUGUAGAUCCACAUACAUAUGAAGAUCCCAAUCAAGCUGUCCAUGAAUUUGCCAAGGAACUAGAUGCUUCUAAUAUAUCCAUUGAUAAAGUUGUUGGAGCAGGGGAAUUUGGAGAAGUGUGCAGUGGGCGCCUAAAGCUGCCUUCUAAAAAGGAAAUUUCAGUGGCUAUCAAAACCCUCAAAGUCGGGUACACAGAAAAACAGAGAAGAGAUUUCCUAGGAGAAGCAAGCAUCAUGGGGCAAUUUGACCAUCCCAAUAUCAUUCGACUAGAGGGAGUUGUCACUAAAAGUAAACCAGUUAUGAUUGUUACUGAAUAUAUGGAAAAUGGUUCCUUGGAUAGCUUCCUACGGAAACACGAUGCGCAGUUCACAGUCAUCCAGCUAGUAGGCAUGCUUCGAGGGAUCGCAUCUGGCAUGAAAUACUUAUCAGAUAUGGGUUACGUCCAUCGGGAUCUAGCUGCUCGUAAUAUCCUCAUCAAUAGUAACUUGGUAUGCAAAGUCUCAGACUUUGGUCUCUCUCGUGUAUUGGAAGAUGACCCAGAAGCUGCUUACACAACAAGGGGCGGCAAGAUUCCUAUCCGAUGGACAUCACCAGAAGCCAUUGCAUAUCGCAAGUUCACAUCAGCCAGUGACGCUUGGAGCUAUGGGAUUGUUCUCUGGGAGGUGAUGUCUUAUGGAGAGAGACCAUACUGGGAGAUGUCCAACCAGGAUGUAAUUAAGGCUGUUGAUGAAGGGUACCGCUUGCCACCUCCUAUGGACUGCCCAGCUGCCUUGUAUCAGCUGAUGCUGGACUGUUGGCAGAAAGACAGAAACAACAGACCCAAGUUUGAGCAGAUUGUCAGCAUCCUGGAUAAACUGAUCCGUAAUCCCAGCAGUCUGAAAAUAAUCACCAACGCGGCGGCAAGGCCAUCAAAUCUUCUCCUGGACCAAAGUAACAUUGAUAUUUCAGCCUUCCGCACAACAGGUGAUUGGCUCAACGGUUUCCGGACAGGACAGUGCAAAGACAUUUUCACAGGCGUGGAAUACAGUUCCUGUGAUACAAUAGCCAAGAUUUCCACAGAUGACAUGAAGAAAGUCGGUGUUACAGUUGUGGGACCUCAAAAGAAGAUUGUUAGCAGUAUCAAAGCUCUAGAAACUCAUACAAAGAACAGCCCUGUUCCUGUGUAAGGUACCAAAAUGAUGUUGCUCAGGACAAAAAAGGGAGAGAAGUUGCUUCAAAGGGCAAAAGUGAUGGCUGAUAAACGGCACAGUUUGAAGGAGUUCUUUGAAACAGCUUUGGAAACAUAAUGGUUGAAAUUUCAAACCCACUAAGACACUCAGAUAUUGAGUAUAAAUGCCUUAAAAAUAGGAGCGAACUUUUUUUCUAUCUAUUAAUCCAAAAGGGUGGGUGCUCUUAACUGACUGAUGCAGAUGAUAAUAAAUUUCAAAAGAAAAAAAUAUGUAAAACUUCCUUCCAAGUAAAAAACAAUGAUACUGAAACCUAGAGCCAUUUGAUUAUUAAGUGACUGAAUAACACACAAAAAAACAUGGACGUAAAAGCUGUGUAUCUGAUCUAUACAGCAAACAAGAAGAAAGAAAGACUUGCAGUAUUUUUAUACACAGAAGAGAUCUGUAACAGGUAUUUUAUUUCUUUAAAAGCAAGGAAAAUAGAGGACUAUACCUCAAAACAUAUCUGGCCAUAUUUACUAUAAUGUCAUUGUAACACAAUGUUCCAACUUCAGAAAGGAAUACAGAAAUAAAGUUUGUAGUGACUUUGAGUUAGUUGACAAAAGAUUUUUGCCGUGAUGUUAGCUUCCCUGUGUUCAUUUAAAUAGAAAAAAGUCUUAAUUUUGAAAAGACAUAUUUAUUUCCUUUGGGUUUUUUUCCAUUAUUGUUUAUAUUUAUGCUUAAAUACCUUGACCUGGCUGUAUUACUGCCAAGUGCCACAUGUUAUCCAAACUUCAUUCGUAUAACCUGAGCAAUUGUAUGAAGGUUAAUUUCUAGAUAAUUUUAUGGUCAUAACAUCAUAUAGGAAAUACAGAAGGAAAGAGAGAUGGUCUUUUUUCCAGCUAUAUCACUAAAGAAAUCAUCUGGGAUUGCUGACAUUCCUUCCAUUUACAGUGAAUGGUAUUUUAACACAGGCUCAUAUACUGACAGAAUUGUAAGCAUAUUGAUCUCUAAAUCAACAUCUGCCCUGGUCAAGCGCAUGCACUUCCUUAACUUCCCAAAAGCCUGACUUCCUAUUAGACACGAGUACCACUAUUCUCGGGUAGUGUUCAGGUGGCAUAUUUGCCUAGUAAACAUAAUUGGAGUCAGAAUUGCAUCCUGCAUUAACCGAGGGCACUUUCUGAGGUCACUGAGGAACGAUCCAUUUCUGGUUUCCAUUUCAUAGAUUCUGCUCCUGAUGCUGUACUUCUUCAUCUGGUAACUCAGAGAGAGGUGUAUUACCAUGUACACAGCCACUGCUAAUUACACUGAGAUGAUGACUUGCAGCCAGGUUUGAAAGGAUAAUUUAAGCUCAUAAAAUGGAACUUUGGUGUCUAAUUUUACCUAAGUCUGAUCCUCAAGGCUUUUGUUCAGCUGCUGCAAUCCUGCAGGGGCCUUACUUUUUGGUUUUCGGUUCCUUAGGCACCUGUGUUUGCUUCUCUGCUCAUGUCUGGAGCCACCCCAGUCAUGGCAGGGCUAACACAUCGCCUAUCUCAUGGCUUUUUGAGAGUCCCAAAACUCAAGCACUUGCAAGGAUGCAGUCUGCUAAGCGUUCUCAUAUAACCAAAAAAAUCAGACUCCGCACAAAAGGUAGUUGCAGAUGGCUCUUCCUUCUAAAACAUGAGUCAAGGAGUAAGGAAUGCUGCAGUGCUUUGAAGGAGAAGAAUAAACUCUGCUUAGUUGUUUAAACAAAAGCAGAAAGGAGCCUGUCUUUAGGAGAGCAUUCAGGGUACCCAGUAGAAAAAGGAACCUGAAGGACAGGAUUCAAGGGUCUUCCCCCGUGUUUUCUUUCACUAAAGCAAGCUGUAAGUUUUUGCUCCUGAGCACAUUGGUCUUGAUUCUGAGCAGACAUAGGUCUUUGCUCUGGAAACAGUUAGUUUAAAUCACUGCAUAAGGCACUUUUUGUGCUCCAUGCAGACACCAUAAGCUUCUUAACACUCAAGGCUCAAUAGAAGGCAUACAGAAGUCAGGCACUGGCCAUUACUGUAGAACACUAUGGAUUUCCAAAUUGCCUUGCUUAAACUUAAACCUGUUUCCAGUGAAUAGCAGUGAGUCCCUGGAAGGACAGACAGAUGGUCCAAGACUGUAUGCAAGGCAGCUUACUACAUGGCAUGCCAUGUUUUGCCAUGCGGGGAAAAGCAGUUAACUACUUUUGCUUUGUGUGUUGGUUUGGCUUGGUUUUUUAAAGGUCCUUGCCGCACAGGGCACAUAUGCAAGGGAAGAAUCAGUUCCUUGGAUUUGUGUAGCUGAAUCAGCUUUUAAAUUGUUCUUCACAGAUCCAAGAGUUGCGAAAUGUAAAAAGAAGACAUUCAUCACACACGGCUAAAUAGAGGCAGAUGAGCGACUUAGUGACUCCUGGCAGUGAGCAUGCCUAAAAGGAUUUGAUUUGUAAUACACUCACAGGAUAACAUUUAUUUAUGUGAUCUGAAAGAAAAAUGAAUGGGUUUUAAAGAAGGAAGAAUGAAUGGGUUUUAAAGUAAAUUGAAAUAAAAAAAAUAAAAGCAGAAGAAAAUGAAAAUAAAGCACUUAAGAUAUGAAGAACUUCUCAUGAUAGACAGCAAUCUGUAGUAAAAUACAGCAUCCUAAAUACAAAAGCUAUAUUUUCAGUUGCUUAGUUCAUUCAAAACCUUUCUUCUCUUCAAUUUGAGAUUAAGAUCUAAAUCAGACAUUGUUAGUGAAUUUAAGUCACCAAAAUCCAUUUGGAGACAGUAUGUGUGGGGAUGGCUUUUAUAACAUAUUCUUGAUUUUUCUCUUCAGCUUCAUUCUGCUGCUGGGGGGAGGGAUGGGAGAGAUCUGUGAAGUGCUUCUGAAAACAAGAAUCCAGUUUUAGACUGAGACUGAAAACUUUGCACCAAGCACCCUGAAUUUUCUCUUACUAUCAUGUCGUGUUCCUUGCCCACUGCUAAAGCACGCUCAACAUAAAUGAUUAAAUCUCACUGAUGCUUGGGAAAAAAGAAACUCAAUUUUGCUUUUCUUUGCUGUUAGGAGUAGAGCAUUUUAAAUACAUUUAUGUUUUCAUCCCUGUCAAAAGUUGAUUUAUACUGUAAGUGGCCUAUGUUGCAAACAUCCUAUACUCCCUUUUCCCCAUGUACAUAUGUAAACAUAGCAGUGUACAAUUCAUUGUGGAGUAGAGAUAUUAGAAUUUGUGUGGCCAUCUUCCUGUACAGGACUUGCAUUGGUUAUCGACAUCAAGCAAAAUGCAACUACUCACAACAUUGCGUACCAUAUUAUUGGUUUUGUAUCUUUAAAUAUAGUUUCCAUUUUAUUUAUUUCUGUUAACAUAUCUAGUUUUGUGCUGUUACUUAACGUUCAAUAAGCAAUGUAUAGAUGUGAUUUGAUUGGCAAUAUGUAUUUACUUUUAACUUGUAUUUUAAAGCAUUACUUACUCAUUUAGUUUAUAUAUUGUGCAAUUGUAGAUGGCCUCUUACUAAUGUAAAAUGAUUUGUAGUGGAAACAUUUAUAUUUUUAUAAUAAACAUAAUGAAAGUAUUUUUUACAUACUGGAAUAUUGAGGUGAUUGCUUGGAGGAUGAAGUAAAUUUAUUUGAUUAGAAAACUGUGGUAGAACUGUAAUUAAAUAUGGAUAAAUUCUGACUGUUAAAGCUUGGGUUCAGAAUGAAAGCUAGAUAUUACCUAUAUUAUCUAUUAAAAAAAAAAAAAAGUAAUGCAGGUUUGAAUUAGACAGACCAGCAUUUUGCUAAACCGAUGUCAGUCAAAGACUUUACUUUCUCCAUGGAUAUGGGAAAACAUCGUCUACUACAGCCUGCCUAUGGGAUAUUGAAAAAGCUGUCAUUAGUUUUAGUUGUGUCAAGUAUUUCCAAAUUUUUGCUUUUUUUCUUCCCUUACCAGUGGACCUCUUUUCAUCUUAUUACAAUGUUGAAUCCAGUAAAAGAUGUACUUUUCAACAAAAUAAAAAAGCCCACCGCUUACUGUAAUUUAACCCCA